AUGCCUCAGGAUAUGCCCCCAACGGGGGGCUAUGCCCAAGUCCAGUACAAGCGGAACAUUCCUGCCCGUGGCUUCAAGCCCUUCUACUACAUGGUCGGCAUGCACAUGAUCAUGGCAUACGGUUUUUACAAGUACUUCCACGGUGUCCGCGAGCAACGUGGCCCCAAUUAUCACAAGACACUAACAAACGUCUCGCUGUGUUUAGUGAACUUGCUCGCCGAGGAGGACCGCGAUCAGGUCCGCCGCUACUACGCCGACAAGGCUCGUGAGAAGGAGCUUCUGGGCACCGAGCACAAGGUCUACCACUCUGACCGCUUCGUCCGCCCUACGUUCGCCUACACCCCCUCCAAGGUUACCCAAUAG